CCCGCCCAGUGCCUCGCGCCAGGGAGCGGAGGAGAGUAAAUACAACAGGAGCGCAAGAUGGCGGAACCGCCGAGCCCAGUGCACGGCGCCGCCGCCGCCUCCGCCUCUGUCGUUUCCGAGAAAGAACCAUUUGGCAAGCUUCAAUCUUCCUCUCGGGAUCCACCUGGUUCUCUGUCCGCAAAGAAGGUCCGGACUGAGGAGAAGAAGGCGCCGCGGAGAGUGAACGGAGAAGGGGGUAGCGGCGGGAACAGCAGGCAGCUGCAGCCGCCCGUGGCACCUUCGCCUCAGAGCUAUGGCAGCCCCGCGUCUUGGAGCUUCUCUGCUCUUUCUGCUACCCCAUCUCCGUCUUCUUCUCGGAGCUGUUUCUCUUUCUCCGCGGGUUCGGCGGUCCCCUCUUCAGCCUCCGCUUCCUUGUCUCAGCCGGUGCCGCGCAAACUGCUGGUCCCUCCUACGCUGCUGCACGCCCAGCCUCACCAUCUCCUGCUGCCGGCCGCCGCUUCCUCGGCUAACGCCAAGCCACGCAGACCUAAGGAAAAGCGGGAGAAGGAGAAGAGGAGGCACGGCCUUGGCGGGGCCGCCCGGGAGGAGAACGGGGAGGUGAAGCCGCUGCCGCGAGAUAAAAUCAAAGACAAAAUUAAAGAGAGAGACAAAGAAAAAGAGAGAGAAAAAAAGAAGCAUAAAGUAAUGAGUGAGAUCAAGAAAGAGAAUGGAGAAGUAAAGAUUUUACUGAAAAGUGGGAAGGAGAAACAAAAAACAAAUGUAGAAGACUUACAAAUUAAAAAGGUAAAGAAGAAAAAGAAAAAGAAACACAAAGAGAAUGAAAAACGGAAGCGUCCAAAAAUGUAUAGCAAAUCUAUUCAGACUAUUUGCUCAGGAUUGCUAUCUGAUGUUGAAGAUCAAGAAGCCAAAGGCAUCUUAAAUGAUAACUUAAAGGAUUACAUUGGAAAGAAUUUGGAUACCAAGAAUUAUGACUCCAAAAUUCCAGAGAACAGUGAGUUUCCGUUUGUCUCAUUAAAAGAGCCACGAGUUCAGAAUAUCCUCAAAAGAUUGGACACUUUGGAGUUCAAACAGCUCAUUCAUAUUGAGCACCAGCCUAAUGGAGGUGCAUCAGUUAUCCAUGCUUACAGCAAUGAACUCUCCCACCUGUCUCCUAUGGAGAUGGAAAGGUUUGCAGAAGAGUUUGUGGGUCUAGUGUUCAGUGAAAAUGAAAACUCUGCCGCUUUUUAUGUAAUGGGUAUUGUUCAUGGGGCAGCUACUUAUUUACCUGACUUUUUAGACUACUUUUCAUUUAAUUUUCCCAAUUCACCAGUGAAAAUGGAGAUAUUGGGAAAGAAAGAUAUAGAGACAACAACUAUGUCCAAUUUUCAUGCUCAGGUAAAAAGAACAUAUUCUCAUGGUACUUACAGAGCUGGUCCAAUGCGACAAAUAAGCUUGGUGGGAGCAGUUGAUGAAGAAGUGGGAGAUUACUUCCCUGAAUUUCUUGACAUGUUGGAAGACUCACCAUUUUUAAAAUGUACACUGCCAUGGGGGACAUUAUCUAGUCUAAAAUUAGAGAGUCGAAAAGACAGUGAUGAUGGUCCCAUUAUGUGGGUACGUCCAGGAGAACAAAUGAUCCCUGUGGCUGAUAUGCCAAAGUCACCUUUCAAAAGGAAAAGAACUACCAAUGAAAUAAAAAACCUUCAGUACCUACCUCGAACCAGUGAGCCUCGUGAGAUGCUCUUUGAAGACAGGACAAGGGCCCAUGCAGAUCAUAUAGGACAAGGUUUUGAACGACAGACAACAGCUGCUGUUGGAGUACUGAAGGCUGUGCACUGUGGAGAGUGGCCUGAUCAACCCCGAAUAACCAAAGAUGUAAUUUGUUUUCAUGCUGAAGAUUUCUUAGAAGUAGUUCAACGAAUGCAGUUAGAUUUACAUGAACCUCCACUGUCCCAGUGCGUCCAGUGGGUUGAUGAUGCAAAACUUAAUCAACUGAGGAGAGAAGGCAUUCGCUAUGCCAGGAUUCAGCUCUAUGAUAAUGACAUUUAUUUUAUUCCAAGGAAUGUCGUUCAUCAGUUCAAGACAGUUUCAGCAGUAUGCAGUUUAGCAUGGCAUGUUCGGCUCAAAUUAUAUCACUCAGAGGAGGACUCAUCUCAGAAUACAGCUACUCAUGAAACAGCCACAUCACCAGAUUCCAUAUCAUCAGUUCUUGGACCUCACACGGACAACAUGAUUUGUGCUGUAAGCAAAACUUCCUUGGAUUCUGUUUUUUCAGAAAAACUUCAUUCUAAACAUGAAUUAUCGCAGAUCAAACAUGAACCUGUUUCAUCUGUAAGAAUCAAAGAAGAACCUGUGAAUGUUAAUAUUUCUGAAAAGACUAAAGCAUCGAAUAAUAUGGAUGGCAAGAAUGUUAAAGCAAAAAUGGAUCAUGUUCGGUUUACAGAAUUUAAGAUUGACAUGGAAUCUAAAUUUGAAAAUAGCAGCAAAGAAUUAAAGGAAGAACUGUGUCCUGGAAGUCUCAUAAGUCUAGUUGAUACAAGGCAACUUAGUUCAGCACACUCAAAUCAAGAUAGAAAAGAUGAUGACAUUUUGUGCUAAAUUUGUAUAUAGCAUUUAAUUUUUUUAAAAAAAAUAAUAAUGUAAUAAAUAUUCAUGAAUUCUGAAAGCAA